AUGCGUCCCCGCCCGCUGCUGUCGCCGUCGCUGCUGCUGCUCGCCUGCGCUGCGCACACCGUGGGCGCCCUCCCUCGACUGUGUGAUGUGCUCCAGGUGCUUCGAGAGGAACGGGACCAGUGCCUGGAGGAACUCUCCAGAGAGAAGCCAGGAGACCCCAGUGCAGAGCAGCCAGCCCCGGGUUGCGAGGGGCUGUGGGACAACAUGAGCUGCUGGCCCUCCUCUGCCCUGGGACAGACUGUGGAAGUGGGGUGCCCACAGUUCCUCCAGAUGCUCACGGGCAGGAACGGCUCCGUGUUUCGAAACUGCACACAAGACGGCUGGUCAGAAGCCUUCCCCAGGCCCGACCUGGCCUGCGGGGUCAAUGUCAACGACUCAUCCAAUGAGAAGCGGCACGAGUACCUGCUGAAGCUGAAGGUCAUGUACACCGUGGGCUAUAGCUCCUCUCUGGUGAUGCUCCUGGUUGCCCUCAGCGUCCUCUGUGCUUUCCGGAGGCUGCACUGCACCCGCAACUACAUCCACAUGCACCUGUUUGUGUCCUUCAUCCUGCGUGCCCUGUCCAACUUCAUCAAGGACGCGGUGCUCUUCUCUUCGGACGAUGUCGCUCACUGUGAUGCCCACAGGGUGGGCUGUAAGCUGGUCAUGGCUUUCUUCCAGUACUGCAUCAUGGCCAACUAUGCCUGGCUGCUGGUGGAAGGCCUCUACCUGCACACGCUCCUCGUCAUCUCCUUCUUCUCAGAAAAGAAGUGCCUCCAGGGAUUUGUUGCCCUUGGAUGGGGUUCCCCAGCUGUUUUUGUUGCUUCGUGGGCCAUCAGCAGGCACUUUCUGGAAGACGUUGGGUGCUGGGACAUCAAUGCCAACGCAUCCAUCUGGUGGGUCAUCCGAGGGCCUGUGAUCCUCUCCAUCCUGAUUAAUUUCAUCCUUUUUAUAAACAUUCUAAGAAUCCUGAUGAGAAAACUUAGAACCCAAGAGACAAGAGGCAAUGAAGUGAACCAUUAUAAGCGCCUGGCCAAGUCCACCCUCCUGCUGAUCCCCCUCUUCGGAGUCCACUACAUCAUCUUCGCCUUCUCCCCAGAGGACGCCAUGGAGGUCCAGCUGUUCUUUGAAUUGGCCCUUGGCUCGUUCCAGGGCCUGGUGGUGGCUGUCCUCUACUGCUUCCUCAACGGGGAGGUGCAGCUGGAGGUUCAGAAGAAGUGGCGGCAGUGGCACGUCCGUGAGUUUCUACUGCGCCCCGUGCCCCUCAGCUCCACUGUCAGCACCGGCACCAGCGGCCUCCCCCACAGCACCAAGGGCAGCACCUCAGAGCAGAGCGGGGGCACCUGCAGGGCCAGCGUCAUCUGAGAGGCUGGAGCCGGGCCACCCACGGGACAGACACCGUGACGGGUCACGAGAAGGCUCCACGUUGCUGCAGUCCGUAUCAGUCUUCUCGGCAGACAUCAUAUGCUUUCUCCGUGACCAAGAACACCCCUCCUCUGGGCCUGGGCUCGGGGAGGGGGCUGCGGUGGUAAUUCCUCAGAACUGAAAAGAACACAGGCGCCGUGGGGCAGGAAGCCGGCUGGGGUUUGGGUCUGCUGUGUUACGGGAAGGACAGGUCACGGGUAACAGAAGACGGCAGGGAAAUAAACGGAAGCCGGGACGGGUUGGGUA